GUCAUUUAUGUGGUUGAAUGGGCUUGGGGAUCCGGAAGAGGUGAAGAAUAUAAGUUGGGGAAGCGCGGCAUUGGCCUACCUUUAUCAUUAUCUAUGUGAGGCUUCCAUGGAUAAGAGAAAAGAGUUGGGCGGCCCUAUGAUCCUCCUGCAGCUAUAGGCGUGGGAAAGAAUGCCCACAUUGAGGCCUGCGUUCAUAGGACCAAAGGUGCACGAGCCAUAUACACCAUGUGGCGCCAGGUGGAGAGGAACAACGCAGAUAGGAAAUGCUCCAAGACACUCGGUUGAGCAUUACCGUGACCAAUUAUCUCUGAUUAGACCUGGCCAGUUUAUCUGGACGCCGUACGCACCUUUCACACUGCCUGACUACUGCAAUGAUGUGAAUGGAUGCUCUUUGUGCGAAACCUACUUGGUAUGUUGGGCCUAUGUCGAGGCCCAUGAGCCUGGAAGAGUACGCCGACAGUUCAAUCGGUACCAGGAUAUACCGCAGUCCGUAGACAGGAUGCUAAGGAACGCCGAUCAUUUGGGCAAAACUGAUCGGCGUGGCAAGAAAGGCAACAACUGGGCAAACACGCAUCAGUUCUACAUUGGGGAGUGGGACAUGAGGUUCGAAAGGUUCCAAGCUGCCCAGUAUGCCGCAUCGAUGUCCAUGGAUAUCCCCAUGAACCCGGGGUAUAUGGCGUGGUAUAACAGGAUUACCGUGACGUACAUGACUCAGCCGGGGACACGGGCCACUACUGGGAUGAACGAGUCGGCUGCUUCGAUGAGACUAUUUGUUGAGGGGUUUCAGCAGGUUUUCCAUUUAACUACGGAAGACGAAAUGGACCCACGAGUGCGCCAGAUUCAGGAAAUUGUUAAGAAUGUCCUCGAAUCUACGAACAACACGGAUGUCAUGGAGUACCCCGCUUCUCAACAUCAGGAUGUGGUCAUGCCUUAUGAACCAGAAGUAGUUCCACGGCGUCGUGGAGUGCCUGGUGUUCGGACUGGGGGACACGGCUACACAAAGCAGUUCAGGAUGUCCCAGCCGGUGCCCGAUUAUGUAGCACCAGAGACGCAGUAUCAAGUGCAUGACCCACCCCAGUGGUAUUCAUACCCGGCGCAUGAGUCACAGUCACAGUGGGAGCGUCCCCAGUAUUCUCCUAGCCAGCCUGAGCCCGAUUGGCAUCGUCGCCCAUAUUCACAAAGCCAGGACGCGCCGCAAUGGAGUGGGGCCCGAGCCUCGGUCGAUUCAUUCUUCCAGAAUUAUCAGGUAGUGCCUCCUGUACAAGCUGAAGAAGAGGAUGAUGAUGAAGGAGUAGAAGAAGAUGACAACAUUGUCGAGGCACAUGAGGAAGAAGACGUUCAGAGCAUCUGUAUCCAACCUCGACCUGCUGCAGAGGGUUCAUCACGAGGCGGGGUUGGGAAGCUCGUGAGCAAAGUGUACAAGAGAUUGUCCUCCAGGAAGAAUAAGGGGGUUGAACCGUCAAAAUAUACUCAAUCAGCGUAUAAGUAGCAAUUUUUCAGGAAGUCGGGCAGUGAAGAAUGAGGGUGGAAUUGUCCCAGGCAUGAUGGUGGAGUUGCUCGAAUU